AUGUUUAGGUGUUUCAGGAACCUACGGGGCAGUAAGAGGGUCCUGGUGUUCGUGUUCGUAGCUUCUGUCAUUUGGCUGAUAGUGGACAUAGCUGUCCUCCGUGUCUCCAUCGGCGACGUCAACAAUCGGCUUGCGAAGGAAAGAGCGUUCCGGGAUCUGAGGCGGGCCAUUGAGAAGGGAAUAAACAUGAACAAAGACUAUGAGGAAGAGGAAGACGAAGACUCGGAGGAAGACACGGACGGUUUGAUUGAUAAACCUGUUAGACGUUUCAGAGUGCAUACGAAAAAGGAGCAUGUAAUUGAGAAGAACAACAUUCAAGCAGAUAAGAUUGACAUUAAACUACCUGCCGUUGCUGGAAAAGUACCUGUGGAUUUGCUUGACAGUGAUGCAUCACUAUUAAAAAAUAACACCAUAAAGAAAGACUCCAUUGCACUAAUCAAACCUGUGAAAACUCCAAAUUCAAGCAUUAAAGGAUUUAAUAAACCCCAGCCUGCGAAGGAAGAACUUUCCAUGAAGGAGGAGAAACAAAUUGAAAAACUUCUCAUUCAAGAAAAAAACAAAAAAUCUUUAGAGAAGGAGCAGAAAGAAACUGAAAAUGGAGAGAAGUUGAAGCAAUCAGAAACAGUCCAUGUGAAUAAGGCAGGGGUUCACCAGGUUCUUUCACUCGACGUGACCGCUGCCCCAAGAGAUCCCGGCGCCGUCGGCCAGUUCGGCCAGGCGGCGAUAGUUUCCACUGAGGAAGAGGCGCAAGUAAAGCUGAGGUGGGAUGAGGGCCAUUUUAACGUCUACUUGAGCGAAAAGAUCCCAGUGGACCGCGCCAUUCCCGACACUAGGCCUCAGACCUGCACUCGAGACAUGGUCCACGAUGACCUGCCGUCCACCAGUGUGAUCUUCUGCUUCGUGGACGAAGUGUGGUCCACCCUGCUGCGCUCUGUUCACAGCGUCCUCAAUCGAUCGCCACCGCACCUCCUCAAAGAGAUCAUCCUUGUGGAUGACUUCAGCCAAAAAGACUACCUAAAAGAUGAUCUCGACAAGUACAUGGCUAACUUCCCAAAAGUCCGAAUCCUUCGCUUGAAGGAGCGUCAAGGUCUUAUCAGGGCACGGAUGGUUGGAGCAGCUGCUGCUAAAGGUGAGGUCCUCACCUUCCUUGACUCGCACGUUGAAUGCAACGUUGGCUGGCUGGAGCCUCUGCUGGAACGCAUUUACCUGAACCGCAAGAUGGUGCCCUGUCCGGUCAUUGAAGUCAUCAGCGACCAGGACAUGAGUUAUAAGCUGGUUGACAAUUUCCAGAGAGGUGUUUUCAACUGGCCUCUAGUGUUCGCCUGGAACGCCCUCUCAGACGACUACGUGAAGAAGAACAAUAUGACUGUGGCCGAUCCUAUCAGAUGUCCCGUAAUGGCUGGAGGCCUUUUCUCCAUUGAUAAAAAAUACUUCUAUGAACUUGGCGCCUAUGAUCCAGGACUGGAAGUGUGGGGUGGGGAGAACAUGGAGAUUUCCUUCAAGAUUUGGAUGUGCGGGGGCGAAAUCGAAAUCAUCCCCUGCUCCCGAGUGGGACACAUUUUCCGUGGACAGAACCCGUACGAUUUUCCCAAUGACCGGCACAAGACGGUGGAGCGCAACUUGGCCAGGGUGGCCGAAGUUUGGCUAGACGAGUUCAAGGAUCUUUUUUACGGCCAUGGCUACAAUCAUCUGCUGAACCAAAAUACAAACUUGGGCGACCUAACUGAGCAGAUCAAGCUGAGGAAUAAGCUUAAAUGCAAGAGCUUCAAGUGGUACCUGGACAACGUGUAUCCAGAGUUAGAGGCUCCAUUAGUUAAAGCCGAGGGCCUGGUCCUCAAUCGGGGCUUAAGAAAAUGUCUUUCUGUGCUGAAUGAAAGUCUGGUCUUUGAGUUGUGUGAUCUCACCAAGCAGAAUCAGCACUUUAACUACACUUGGUUGUUGCACAUCCGCCAGCAGGAUAUGUGUGUCGAAUAUAAUAUAGCUACAAACACCAUCCAUUUACAGCCAUGUGACCGCUCCCUCGUCACACUACACUGGCUCCACAAGUCCUCCGAGUUAAAACAGCCUGAUCUAUUAACUGUCGAACACACCUCCAAACUAGUGUGUCUGGAAGUACAUCAGAAAACUAAACGGCUUCAUCUCGCCGCCUGUACCAAAGGUAACCUCUUCCAGCAGUGGGAAUUCACAAACUACUACACUAAAUAA